CGUAUUUGUCAUCAGCUCCUAUAGCUCAGCAGGUGCGCGCCCUGGAGCGGGACAACUUCAACAUGCUGCGCGCGAUCCAGAAUCUGCAGAAGAUCAAACCAGGCGGGCCGCGGCUACGCCAGUCUCUGGCCCCGCGGCCGCUGGGUGGUGGUGCAGCCGGGGUGACGGGCGGCUCAGGCGCUGCGUCCAUGCCGCCGCACCAGCAGCAGCAGCAGCAACAGCAGCAGCAGCAGCUGUUGCACCAGUCUUUGGCCCCGCGGCCGCUGGGUGGUGGUGCCGCUGGGGCGACGGGCAGUAUGGCGAGUUGAUGUGGGUUGGGUCCCGUGAAGACGCCCGCUGGCCAGACUUCCCCCACUCCUUGCGCUGUUGCAUCCACACAUGUGCUCCGGCUGUGGAGCCUCCGGCAGCGCCUGUGUGCACGGGGGGAGGAGCGAGGUUAAGUAGCCCGCGGAAAAUGACAAAAGGGUGGUGGGGCCGUGGGGGUUGGCGUGCCCCGGCCUAAAUUUCAAAAGCGCUCCCAUACGGGAUUGAACCGUAGACCUUGCGGUACCAUUGACACCCGAGCGUACUCGGGAAGGUUGGGCUAACAGCCGCACGCUCUACCUGCUGAGCUAUAGGAGCUGAUGACAUACACGUUAAUUAGGGCGUAUACAAUGCCUGGUAUACAGUCUUAACACACCCACGGGCGGCGGCGUGGGCGGCGGCGGGAUAAGGCGAGAUUUCGUUUCCUUGAAGCAUCUUCGAUAACAAGACGCGGCACAAGGCCAACGAUAGCGCAUUCAACUGACCCAACCAGCCUCAGCUCGCUCACUCGGUCACUUGGAAUGCCGUAUGGGUGUGCGAUAUGUGUGUGAUGGGACAGAGUUUAGGCCGUUUUAGGCAGGUUGGCGAGGUCCCAUAGGGUGCAGCUGAUGCCCAUACCCCAAGCAGACAGCAAACAGUUUGCAGUGGCAGAGCAGAAGUGCAUGGCUGGUCGAGCGCCGGAGUUACUGUACCGACAAGUUGCUGGCUGGCUGGAAGUUUGCUGAUGCGCAUUCCUCACGCUCCGGGCGCCCGGCCAGGCGAUAGCACCACACAGACACACCGCAACGCCACACUCGCGAUGCAGAGCCGAAGAUGACCAGCGUCCACGGAUGAGCACCAGAGGCAACCGCAGAGAAAAUGCAGACAGAAUGCAGCAAAGCAGUGGCCGGGCGACAGUGUGACAAGCAGGGGCGAAAGCAGGGCGAGGCAGAAAAGGGAGCCCGAAUGUACGGAUGAGUGCCGGCGGGCGAGUCGAAUGCGAUUGCGAGACAAACACAACCGGAGUGUGAGGAAGCGCCGCGGGUUGGCAUCAGGGAACCCCUGGUUGGCAUUGGGACUGUCGCGGCUGAAGUUCGGGACAGAGCUGUAUCGCGCGCCCUAAGGACCGAGUGCGGUUAGCGGAAGGUUUGCUGGCGAUGCGCGCUGGCGCUUGCGCUGCAGUGUAGUGUGAGAAGAGAGGCAAAUAUAAAGCAGGAAGAAGGAUGAAGUGGGCAGCUGGCAGGAGUGUGCGAUGAUGGCGGGCGCUACUGACGAGUGAGACGGGCACAGUCGGUAGCAGCUGCCUGGUGAGCACGACGUUCUACAGCAUCCCCCAUUCACGUGACUUCACCAACCUGCCUUACCACUGUCCCAUCGCAUAUCCACGUGCCUUUGUCCGUUCUAUUAUCAUGUUGCAUGUGCACCUGACGGUUCGGGGCGGGGGGAGGGUAAGGUUGCUGAAGGGGCUUGGGUGGGAGUGGGGAAUGAGGUGGGUGGAUGUGUGAUGGGACAGGGUUCAAGGCAGGUUGGCGAGGUCCCGUAGGGGGGUUGUAAAUACCAGCCCAAACUAAACCAAUGAGGGGAUGAGCUGGGUGGAUGAUGGGACGAUGGGUAGGAUGGCAGGGUUAUAUGCCCGAGCCCAAUGAAGAGGUCCCGAUUACCGUAUUAAGGAACCGUGUUCCAACCCAGGAGUGCAAGUGCAGUGCAAGACAAGCGCUAGAUAUGACCUGCAGACUCGGUCAUGUGGGCGGUGGUGUGAUUGACGUGGACAACAUGCUUCAAGGAAACGAAAUGCGCACGAUGCUAGAGGAGGUGUGGACCUACGUGGACAUUGUCACCUACCCAGGCUCGG